GCAAAUGUAAACAAAACGAGUGAGAGAAAAAGAAAUGACUAUCUUGAUUGGAAUGAAUAUUUCAUGGCGACAGCUUUUUUGGCGGCAAAACGUAGUAAAGAUCCUAAUACACAGGUAGGGGCCUGCAUCGUAAAUGAGGAGAAGAAAAUUGUCGGAGUUGGUUACAAUGGAUUUCCAAUAGGAUGCGACGACGACGAGUUUCCGUGGACCAAAGCCUCCGGCGAUCCGCUGGAGAAUAAAUAUCUAUAUGUGUGCCACGCUGAGAUGAACGCAAUUUUAAACAAAAAUAGUGCCGAUGUUAAAAAUUGCACGAUCUACGUUGCCCUGUUUCCCUGUAACGAAUGCGCUAAAAUGAUCAUACAGUCACGCAUCCGGGAGAUCGUUUAUAUGUCAGACAAACAUAGCCACAAAGAUGCUACCAUUGCGUCCAAGAGGAUGCUUGAUGCUGCCGGGGUCAAGUAUUGGCAGUAUGUGCCAAAAAGCAAUAACAUCUUGAUUGAUUUUACAGAAAUAGACUGGGAUAAUUUAAAACAGCUGAAAUUAUCGAUGGCUGACAAAGACGUGAUAACCAACGCAAUACAACGGAAACCGCACCAAGGAAAAAGAAAUGACUAUCUUGAUUGGAAUGAAUAUUUCAUGGCGACAGCUUUUUUGGCGGCAAAACGUAGUAAAGAUCCUAAUACACAGGUAGGGGCCUGCAUCGUAAACGAAGAGAAGAAAAUAGUCGGAGUUGGCUACAAUGGAUUUCCAAUAGGAUGCGACGACGACGAGUUCCCGUGGAGCAAAGUCUCCGGUGAUCCGCUGGAGAAUAAAUAUCUUUAUGUGUGCCACGCUGAAAUGAACGCAAUUUUGAACAAAAAUAGUGCCGAUGUUAAAAAUUGCACGAUCUACGUUGCCCUGUUUCCCUGUAACGAAUGCGCUAAAAUGAUCAUACAGUCACGCAUCCGUGAGAUCGUUUAUAUGUCAGACAAACAUAGCCACAAAGAUGCUACCAUUGCGUCCAAGAGGAUGCUUGAUGCUGCCGGGGUCAAGUAUUGGCAGUACGUGCCAAAAAGCAGUAACAUCUUGAUUGAUUUUACGGAAAUAGACUGGGAUAAUUUAAAUCAGCUGCCUGCGACACCCGCGAAAAAACAGUGA